UAGAGUUUGUAUCACUCAAAUCUAGGAAGGUGAGUAAGAUCGUGUAUGUACAUGUGUAUAUUCAUACUGCUUCAAUAGGUAUGUUGAGAUCAAUCCCUAUCGAAAUGUGUUCUAUCAUAUCCGCUAAUAUUGAAAAGCAGUCCUUCCUGAGUUUCGAAAAAGCGCGCUCCUCUAUCCUUGGCGAASGUGAUAUUCUGAACAAAAAUUAUGGCCAGAUUUUUACAUURAGCACAUGCGAGCAAUUUACAACAGACGAAAAAAAACACGAAGUUACUUCCAAAUCAGUGGAAAGUCCAUUUGGUUUGCUGGAAGAACUUUUUCCAGAAGAUCCUUGGCGGGUCCUUAUUUGCACAAUGUUAUUAAACAAGACCCAACGAAAACAGAAUCUUGACGGAACUUUGUUUCAUAUUUUUCAGAAGUGGSCAACGGCAGAGUCGGUUGUGCASGAUGCGGCGAACAACGAAGAAGCUGUUCGUCUUUUUGUCUUCGCUCUGGUGCGACCGGCAGGGUUGGGUCGCUCUAAGGCCAAAGCAUUUGUGCAGCUUUCCAGGGACUAUGUAGCGCUAUUGGCCAGAAAAAAUUACCUCAUUGACACGUUGCAAGAUCUUGAAACGAUCGCAGCUAAAAACCGCGGUGAUCGGAAAGGAGUCGAGUUUGAACUGACGCGGACGGAAGUGAAGCAACUUUUCAAUUGCGGGAAUUACGCAGCCGAUGCCUACCAAAUAUUCAUUCGGAAAGAUUUCGAGUCGCCCUUGUWUUCUAACGAUCAGAUGCUUUUGUCUUAUGUAGGAUGGAAAAGAAGUUUGCGUUCUAAUAAUGAACACUGCAUUUAGUGCCUUUUUAUUUCAAUUUUAUUUUUCGAUGUAUUAUGCGUCCGCCCAUUAGCGUAAAUAGAAAUCAAUUUGUCUU